CAUGACGGGAGUCAUCUUUCCCGGCAUCACGGUCAAGAACUACCUUGUCGUGAGAUUAUUUCAUCCUCCAUGAAUCGCAAACUGAGCCGAUCGAUACACAAACAGCUAGUGACUACUGGCGAGAUGCUGGCACUCUGCUGCAAUGCCUUCCCUCUCGCACUGCUCGCACUAAUCGAGAGUCCUACCCAUGAGGAAAAACCUUUGUUUGACUAGAUGUGUCGCGUAACAACCUGGGCCACGGGCACGGUUGUGAUCGUUCUCAAUGGCCCGAUUAUCGCUCAAAAUUUGGGCGUGUGGGAGAAGGACUCAAGGCUGUACUGGAAUGUAUAUGCGUCCUCUUCUGCUCCUCUGCCUGUAUCGCGCCAUGCGCGAGCCUGCCACUCAUCUGCCUCGGGAGUAAAGCUUGCUCGAGGGCCACAAGCCUGUUGGAGAGGAAGCACGAACGAUCCAGGACGACACCUAGUCUGACGUGUUAUCAUUUAGGAUUUUUUUCUAACGUCGGGGAAUGUACAUUUCGUGGC